UUACGGCGUCUUCAGCGCCCCCUACCGAUUCCGGCCAUUUUGGAUACUGCGGCGAUCCUGAAGAUUUUCUUCAAAUCAACACAUGAAAUUGAAUUUGCUUAUUGCGUACCAUUUUCGUUGUAAAACGAGCUAACUCCGUUGAAUAUUGAGGUUUCAUCAUCAUUUUUAUAUUGAAUGUUAAAUUUGCGACAUGGCAACUGCCAAAGUUGAUCAAAACUCGAGUAAUCAUCAUCACUCCAUUCCGAUGGCAAUGGAUGGGAUCAAAUCUGGCAACAGCGAUGGUAAUAGUGACCAGGGAUGGAAGAGUAAAUUGAAUCUUCCUCCUAAAGAUACCCGUUUAAAGACUACUGAUGUUACAAACACGAAAGGAAAUGAGUUUGAGGACUUUUGUCUGAAAAGGGAACUCCUUAUGGGUAUAUUUGAGAAGGGCUGGGAACAACCAUCACCCAUUCAAGAAGCAAGCAUCCCCAUUGCCCUUACAGGGCGCGACAUUCUAGCUCGAGCUAAGAAUGGUACUGGAAAGACUGGUGCAUACACCAUUCCAAUCAUAGAAAGAUGUGACACCGGUCGCAACGAGGUACAAGCCCUUGUGAUAGUUCCCACCCGAGAGUUGGCUCUACAGACCAGUCAGAUUUGUAUUGAGAUAAGUAAACACAUUGGAUGUAAAGUGAUGGUCACAACAGGAGGAACCAACCUUAAGGACGACAUAAUGAGAUUAUAUGAACCUGUCCACAUUAUCAUUGCCACACCCGGCAGAAUUCUAGACUUGAUGAACAAACGAUUAGUGAAGAUUGGAAAAUGUGGCAUGCUUGUUCUGGAUGAGGCGGACAAACUGCUGUCUCAGGAUUUCAAGGGGAUGUUGGACAACAUUAUCAGCCACCUACCCAACAACAGACAAAUACUCCUGUACUCUGCUACCUUCCCUCUCAGCGUUGAGCAGUUCAUGAGGAAGCACCUCGACAGCCCCUAUGAAAUCAACUUGAUGGACGAGCUGACGCUGAAGGGAGUUACCCAGUAUUAUGCUUUUGUUCAGGAGAAACAGAAGGUUCACUGUCUCAACACACUGUUCUCAAAGUUACAAAUCAACCAGUCCAUCAUCUUUUGUAAUUCCACAAAUCGUGUGGAACUUCUAGCCAAAAAGAUCACAGAACUUGGUUACUCUUGCUUCUACAUCCACGCCAAGAUGAACCAGCAACACAGAAACAGAGUCUUCCAUGACUUCAGGCAGGGACUCUGUAGGAAUCUAGUGUGCUCAGAUUUGUUCACGAGAGGAAUUGACAUCCAGGCUGUGAAUGUUGUUAUCAACUUUGAUUUCCCCAAGCACGCAGAGACAUAUCUCCACAGGAUUGGUAGAUCUGGUCGGUAUGGCCACCUUGGAGUCGCCAUCAACCUCAUUACUUACGAUGACAGGUUUUCAUUACACAGAAUUGAGAGUGAGCUGGGCACAGAGAUCAAACCAAUCCCAAAGAAUAUAGACAAAUCCUUGUAUGUGGCCGAGUUCCACCAGGAGAGGGAUGAAGAUGAUGAUGAUGUCCCGCACAACUCCCAUGGGGCUAAGGGAGGACAAUGAUCAGCCUUUACCUCGCCCCAAACUGCUAUCUCACCAAUACUUCUCUAGGUCACCAACAUGCUUUGAACUGUGAUACAGACAGCUGUGUGUCCUGGUAGAUGCAUUAUUGUGGCAGAUUUACUUCUGACCAAAAUAUUUGUUAUUUUGAUGAGCUGAUCCUGUCUUUUCAGUUCGUUAAUGAUAUAGAGAUUUCUAUAUAAUGAUUGUUAGACCAGUUCUGGAUAACAAAACAGCUGAAGGAUGACGAUUGUUGCAGAUUUCUAUAUAAUGAUUGUUAGACCUGUUCUGGAUAACAAACAGCUGAAGGAUGACGAUUGUUGCCAAAUAGGUUUACAUCCGAUCUGAGGGGUGAACCACUAGGCAAAAAAGUACUUUUAAGGCCAUCACAUCAUAGCCACGGUGGAUUCCCCCUCCUUAUACAUACUUCUGUGCUCGAUGAGGAUAGUGGUAUUCAAAGAGUUUUUGUCCAACAAAAAAGUAGUGCUCCUUUCAUUUUAUCUAGACAGAGAAUUCUUUAGUGUGUAUUGCCUAGAUAAAUAAGUGCUCCUAUAACUUAACAUUAACGACGUUCUCAGCAUUUUGUCAGAUGAUGUCUUUUUUUCAUGCUCUCUCGAUUUUGUUCAAUUUUUUAUUUUAAUUUUUUAUCUAACAAAUUACGAAGAAAAAAUCAGAAAGAAUGAUAUCUAUGCGAUAUACAAAAGAAUCAAACUGAGUUGAAAUAUAUAUUUUGAGAAUAUUAAACAGGACAAUGCUUGUCAACAUUUUGACAAGAAAGCAAAAUGCUGAAACCAAUAACACUCAGAAUUCAAAUGUAAAGCAGCAUGAUAUUGAAGGUGAAGUUAAGUGGGUUGUAGGCCAGUUUUUGGCUUGUCGGAUAUCAAGACAAAAUGCUGAGGAUUUGGGAUGUUGAUAAUAGUGAUGAAAAUGUAUAAUAAAUGUUAUGAUUUUGUACAGUUUUAGGCAGGUCAGCCGUACCUGUUUUGGGAGGUGCUUAGCAGCAACCGUCAUAUCAGUGUUUGUCCAGGGAGGACAAUUGUUUUGUUAAGUGAACAUUUUGUCAGUGAUGGUUUGUUGUUGGAUGAAGCUGUCACUUUGCCAGCUCGUUGAUGUAGAACCCCUUCCACUACUGCCAACUCAUAUCGCCACCAUAGAAACCAUGAGAGUAAAUGUGUACUAGAAAUGAAUACGAGAGAGAAAGAUUAGUUUUGUGAGAAUGUUACAAUGUAGAAUUUGUAAUACGGUGGUGUACUGUCUUGACUAUUGGGUUUGAAAUAUGGCUGAUUGGUUAUGAUUCUGUAUAUUACCCAACCAAGUCCUAUUAAUCAUAAUGGAAGAAAAUUACUCAAUAAGAAAAGAAGUGGAUGUCGAGAGCUUUCUUAUUGCAAUAUCUGGAAAUUCUGUCAUAUAUUGUAAUAAAUUGUGUGUGCAGAGAGUUUAAGAAACUUUUGGAAACUUUUUAAUUCCUCAAGUAUUUCCCAUAAACCAUAUUAAGAUAAGUGCUAAAAGUUUCAAUUUAGUUUUUCUUUUCUUUUUUCUAUUUAAUUGGGUUUCCUUUUAUUGUUUCGGUCCUUUCUCUUGCUGUAGCAGAUGUAGUUAAGGUAAUAUAUCAAUGGGCAAAGUGAAUACUUGCAUACACUGGAGUAAAACAGCAUGUGCUUAGAUCAGAAAUGUUGUGCAGUGGUGUACAUUGUUCUCGCUAAAUUUUGAAACAGGGAUCUGACUUUGAAAGAAUAACUGUUCAAAUGGUCACAUGCUAUAAUAUUGACACAUGAAAAAAAAAAUUGGCAGUUCCAAGUUGAUGAAUAGAAAGCAAAAUUUGCUAGCAACUUUUAAUGAAAACAUUUGUGUAUAGUUGGUCCCUGUAGAGAAACUGGAGAGUAAUGCUUUUUCUCAAAGACUACAGUCAUCACUGUUCCUGAUUACGAAAUCAUUUCCAGCCUAUUCUGAUGACUAAUAUCAGAUUCUGGACUCUGUGAUGCUGUUUUUAAUAAGAACUAAUUCUGUCUAGACUCUGGUAUAUGGACUUAUUCAAAGGCUUACCUUUUUUGAUUAUUUGAAUUAAGCAUGUUAUGCGGUUUUUUUGCAAACUUCAUAAAAUGUCUUAUAAAACUUGAAAAAAUGGCAGCUAUUUUCAUGUCGGUAGACUGAAUUAUGAAGAGCAAUUGUUUGUACCUGAUGCAACGUAGAACUGUUUCAAACAAAAAACUUAGAAAAUUUUGAUUGAUUCUCGGCGAAAACAGUUUCCGAUGUGCAUUUAUCAGAGAAUGUAAUGUAAUGUAGAACGGAUAAGAAAAAUCCAAUUUUCAGCCUUUUUACUCGUAAACCCAUUUGCUGCUCGUGAGUUAUACAGUCAAGACACUAAACCACAAUGUAUUAUAAAAUAUGAAGAUAUUUGUGAUGAGAAUGUAUUUUUACAAUGUAAUUGUUUGACUUGGUUGGUUGCGAUAUAUUUGUGUUGUGUCAGUUGGCAUUGUGGGAGAGAAUGUGUCAUGCGUCUGUACAUAGUCAUCACAUCCAUCAUCGGGGAUCGCUACAGAGUUAUAUUUAUACAUUGUCAUUUGGAAAUAAUCAUGAUAUGCAACGACCAGCGGUAUUCUAGGCAUAAUCGUCAUUGAUGUGAUGGAGUAGUGUGUACUACCUGCUUGCCAAGACCUCUACAUAUUAGUAUGUCUGCAGUGUGGCCUAGGUGAAGAAUAUAACCAGAUUUUACAAUUGGUCAGUGCUGACACAUGUAUUCCUGACUAUUAUCAAUCUGGUAUAGCUAAAAGUAAUGGCAAAAGGAAGUGAGUGCUUUGUGCAUUUCUCCAUAAACAGUUUGGCCAUGCAAAGCUAAAAAGACGAGAAACUUCAACCUUAAAAAGUUUAAAAGCUGUAAAAUUUGAAGAAACCUGAAAGAAAUUGAGUGGUUGUCUUAAUUCCUAAAUACAAAAAGUGGACAAUGGAAAUAUUCAAGCACUGUGUGGUCGUUUGGAGUCGCUCCACCUCGGACUGGGACAUUUUGAGGAUAAUGUGCAAGUGCAUCAAUAACUUAACGAAAGACAUUUGUGUGUACCAUUGCAGCAGUGUAGGAGAGUUGCUGGCUGUGGAAGGAGUUGUGGAGAAUGUUGCAUGCUGCCGUCCCCACGACCUCCUAGCCUGUCCUCCUCUCAUAAGUCCAGAUAGAAACUGGCAUCGUUUACAGGCAGCUUUCACACACACCUAGGGGGACCGCUUAGUCUCCGCCUGGACCUGCCCAAACUAAAAUGGCCGCCAGGAUCGUCUCAUUAACUCAAAAGUGAUAGGGCCAUGUCAAAGGGCUCUUUAUUAAAGAGGAGUUAGCCAUACCUGACCUUUGACGCGAAUGCCAAAACAAAACUACACAUUUAAUUAAUAAAUGCAAAACUUCUGGUCAGUUUCCUGAAAAGGAGAUUGUUCUGUGCUCAGUUAAAAAGUGCAGGGAUAUGUAGAAUGAGAGCGAGCGUGCUGUGGUAUAUAAGGAAUGUGUAGGACCAUAGAGAUGUAACCGUGCUGAUAAAUGGCUGUGUUCAUGAGGAAUGAGUGUUCAGUGUUUGAUGUUGAGUGUUGUGAGCUGAAUUAACUACAAAAUAUGCUGCCAUGCAGGUAGUGUAUUUGAUCUGUUGUGAAGAAUUAUGACUUGAAUCAAGAAAGUAGUGUAUUGGAUCAUUUUGUGGAGUUUUGUUUGCAUAUUUCUUAUGUUAAUUUCUUUUUAUAUAAAUUGCAAUAAAAGUUUUGCAGUUUAUUGGGGAUGAUAUUGGUAAGAUAAUUGUAAAUUUCUGACUUCAUUAGGAAAAAGUGGAAUGAUGUUGACACCACAAUAGCAGCAAAAUAUGAUUUGAUCUAGUUACAUAAUUUAAUCUGUGCUCUUGUUCAGGGUAUGGAAUGAAGAAAAUAGAAAGGAUCCCCUCCCCACCAGCAGGUGAACAUGUGGGCCAUAAUAUAUAACAUUUUUAGGAUUGUUUAUUGAUGAUAUUAUAUUAGUCAAUAUACUGUAGUAUUGACAAAGGUUAUAAAAAGGAACUUUCAAGAUGUAGAUACAUUCUACAUUAAAAUGCAGGAGAUAUAUUUCAAUAAAUUAUGAACUUAAGGCUUUAGUUAAAUAGAAUGAUUACUUGCAGCUUUUCAAUUUCUGUAUGUACAGUAAUGCACUUUUUUUUUACAUAAGAUUUAAGGACGAUGGAGGUAGAGGGGUGGGGGUAUUUAUUAGAAAAACUUGUUCAAUACAUUGGGUGAUUUUGAAAGAUUUAUUUAAGUAUUCCUGUUUUAUAUGUAAUAAGAAAGUCCAACUUUUAUUUGAAGUAUUUAAAUCUACUGAUAGGCUGAGAAUGCAGGACCUGGAUUAAGAUGACAAGUUGUGAACUUGUAAAAUUUUAAAACCACAAAGGCAGCUGUAUGUAGUGGUCAGGUAUUUGGCAAGGUUAAGUUCAAUGUUGAUCCAUCAUUUGAUGUUUUCUAGAGGCAGUGAUCCUGAUUUUGAGUCUUAUGUACAAUGCACAGAGAUGAUAGUUUGUUAAACAUUUGACCUGUUGACAGGUGUAACUAGAGUAUUACUUCCUGUCUCUUAUGUGUCUGCUUCUUGAAGGGUAAUUAUCAAAAUAUGUCUCAAUAUUGACACAGAAAUCUUGUAAAAUUGUAGAGACAUGCAACAAUUUUUUUCUAUAAAAAAGGGCCUGGCUUUUGUUGUGCAAGUAGUUUUUUUCUUGCAUACCAGACUGAAAUAGCUACAUUUCAAUCAGUGCUAGCUAGUCAAUUCAAAACAAACUAUGUGCCCAAAUUUCUUGCUCGUGCAAAAUGUCAAGGGAGGUAACUUGUGCUUUCUUCACAUCUUCUUUUCUCUCUCCUGUAUGCUUUAAAACGGGAGAUGUUCGAUUAAGAGGGAAAAGGAAAAAAG